GCUUCGAUUGACGUAUUCUACUGCAGCUCGUGGUGGCAGGGAAAUAAGAGAACCCAGGCGUACGAUGAAUGGACCGAUAGGCAGUGUUCUUAUAAGAGUACCUCCUAUACAUUACGAACCCGAUAAUUAUACAACAAAUCGGCGCGAAUUUUUAGUGGUUGAAACAUUUUAGCGUUUAUUUAGGGAGAAUUCGUCUCCUCAAAUAAUAUACCAGAUCGAGUUAUUAUUUACCUGUUAUUGACAAUCUGGAGUUUGGAGUCUGGUGUUGGUGAUGAAAUGGAUAUCUCAAGCGUUUGGGUAUAUAUACCUAGGUACCUAUUUAUGUUUAACGCCUCCUAUAGCUUCGCUUAACUACCUAGUUAAGCAUAGCUAGGUGGCUAUGCUUCUUUCAAGUAUAUAAUGCUAUGUAAUUUCAUCUCUCCAUGGAGUGGAAAUGGGAAGAUACUUGAACUGAGAUUGUUCUUAUAAAUGCAUGUCUUGUAUUGGAAGCUGGUAAGUGUUAUAUGCUAAUAAUAUGUUAAUAAACAGUAACUCUGUCUUAUCUAAUAGGCACAUAUUUUAUUAUCUUAUCGAACCCAUUAAAGCAACCCACCGCAACCUGUUCAUCUCACACACACCGGCCGAAUUGGCCCUCUUAAGGCAUAACAUCGUUCGCGAUCCUUGAUACAACACCACAAAGACAGCCCAGCAGAAAGCGACCUCCCAUCUCCGCCCCCCCCUCACGAUGCAGGGCUUCAACAUGGGGCGGUACGUGCCGCCCGACGUCGAGGGGACCACGACCGGCAACAAACUGCACAAGAAGCGCCCCCCAGGGUUCUCCGGCGGACAGCAGACAGUGCGCUUCGAGAUGCCCUUCGCGAUAUGGUGCGCACACUGCCCACAACCCACGCUCAUCGCGCAAGGCGUGCGCUUCAACGCCGCCAAGCGCAAAGUUGGGUCCUACCACAGCACGCCCAUCUUCGCCUUCCGCAUGACGCACACCGCGUGCAGCGGCGCCAUCGAGAUCCGCACCGACCCCGAACACACCACCUACGCAGUGACCGAGGGCGCGCGCCGGCGGGACACGGGGUCGCCCGAUCCGCUAUCCGCGCCGAUACUGACAGACGCGGAGCGCGAGAGCCUGCGCACGAACGCGUUUGCCAAGCUGGAGAAGACGAUUGCCGACCGCAAGGUCCUGGAAGCCGCGAAGGAGCGCAUCGACGAGCUGGAGGUGGAGAGCGCGCGCCGUUGGGAGGACCCGUACGAGCAGAACCGCCGGCUGCGCGCUGCGUUUCGGGUCGGGCGCAAGGAGCGCGAGCGGGAUGCCGCGGCGGCGGAGAACUUGCGCGAGAGGAUGGGCUUAGGGAUCGAGUUGCUGCCUGCGAGCGACGAGGACGCGCGACGGGCUGCGCUGGUGGAUUUUGGACCGUCGUCGGACGCCGCGGGCGGCGAGAUGGGGCGCAAGGCGCUUGCGAAGCCGUUAUUCCCGACAAGUUCGGGGAGUGGUAGUGGUAGUGGUAGCAGCGCGGAUACGAAAGACGAUAGGAGGAAGAAGACGAAAAGCAAGAAGUUGAAAUCCGAAGUCGCUGCUGCUCAGAUGAGGGAUAUUUUGGUGUCCGAGAUCGUUGGAAACACGCGGGUGGCUCAGGACCCGUUCCUGUCGCUGGAUCGUAGUAAUGGGGAUAGUAAUAAAGGCCCCUCUAGGAUUGCUGGGAUUAAGAGAAAGAGGCGAGAGCCGGAGCCGGAGCCGGAGUCUGAAGAUCAUGAGCAGCCUGAAUCGUCAGAAAAGAGAGGGGCGGCUGAUAUGGAACGAGAAGGGAAAGGCACGGUAUCAUUAACGUCGUUAGUUGAGUACGACUCGGAUUAAGAUAUCACUACACUAGAAUGGCGUCUUGGGGAAAAUGGGUGUCUGGUUUUGGUCAUUAAAGAGAUACCCGGGUUAGAUCAUGGGAUAUAGCAUAUUAGGGGAGCCACUGGGGGCAUAAGGCAAGAUGAGGCUAAGCUUGUAGCACGGGUCUGGUCGGGUUGAUUAGAAUUUAUCAUCGAUACCCUUGUUCUAUAAUGAUCAUGAAAGCAAUCAAGAGUGGCCACCUCCAACGAUUUGG